AUGCCUAGCAUUCGCAUCGUCCUUCUCACCAUACUUGUCGCUCUUUCACUGUGGCAAAACUCAAGCAUCCGCGCCUCGGUGCCGCAUCCCCAGGCAUUUCGAACGCCCAGUAUUCGACCUAGUUACACGUUCAUAGGGUCUGAUGUUCCGUCGGAGCUACCUAUCGAGUAUAGGCUUGUCAGGCUCAUCCCCGAGGAGAGUUUGCACUACGCAGUAACAGGGCCCGAAGCACGACUGGAGUGGUUAUGGACAGGAAUGGAGGGGAACAAUGAUGCCCACCUUGGGCCAGAGAACCGAGUGUUCAUCGUAGCCAUGUUCCACGAGCUACACUGCCUACGCUACGCAAACCUCGGCGAUAGGGAACCACAGCAUUUACACCACUGUCUCAACUAUCUGCGCAAAUGGAUUCUGUGUUCCGCCGACGUGACGCUCGAGCCGGGGGACUUCAGGCUACGCGACUUCCAGACAGACAGGCUUGGAGUCACGCACACGUGUCGAGAUUGGGAGCAUAUCUACAGCGUGGCACAGCAGAAUUGGUUCGACUGGGAGGAGUUCAGGAAUGAGCACUGGGAUGCUAGCACCGGACAAUUUAUUAAUGUAACAAAGGCCGGACGUGAUACUACCUGA